CACGCCGAGGUUCAAGAUGGAGACCGAGCAAUUUGGAGGGUUCGCUGUGUUAGCUAGCUGGAUGCUUACAGUAAACGACAUUAUGCCUGUAUGACGGGCUGUAGGACCUUUGAGAUACUUUUAAUAACAACCCAGAGAUGUAUAUUAUCCAUCUAUUGACAACCAUGAAACGAGACUGUUCGUAAUCAUUCCCACUCAAGAAAAUUCAAGAUAUAAACAAGCAAGCAGAAGAGAAACUGUCCAUGAUCUUCAUCUAAAGUCACUCUGAAAGAGGAGACUGAUAUGGCGUUGAGAGAGUUAAAAGUGUGUCUCUUAGGGGACACUGGAGUUGGAAAAACAAGUAUUGUGUGGAGAUUUGUGGAGGAUAGUUUUGACCCAAACAUCAAUCCAACCAUUGGGGCAUCCUUCAUGACCAAAACGGUGCAAUACCAAAACGAGCUGCACAAGUUCUUGAUCUGGGACACUGCAGGACAAGAGCGGUUUCGUGCUCUGGCGCCGAUGUACUACAGAGGAUCAGCAGCGGCCGUCAUUGUAUAUGACAUCACUAAAGAGGACUCCUUCCAAACACUGAAGAACUGGGUCAAAGAGCUUCGCCAGCACGGACCUCCCAAUAUAGUGGUCGCCAUUGCUGGCAACAAAUGUGACCUGUCAGAUGCCAGGGAAGUGUCAGAAAAGGAUGCCAAGGACUAUGCUGAGUCCAUCCAUGCCAUCUUUGUGGAAACCAGUGCCAAGAAUGCCAUAAACAUCAACGAGGUCUUUACAGAGAUAAGCAAGCGCAUUCCCGUUGUUGAUGCAGCAGGGGGAAGCUCGGCGAAAAGUAUCAAACUAGGACGGCAGGUUUCAGAGUCUCGCAAGACGUGCUGCUGAUGAUGGGAACUGUCCUAAGAAGACCCGAGAUGUGACCUUUGCUUCCCCGCAGUGCUUCGGACCUCCACUCACUCUCAAACCUCCCAUAAUAACCAGCAGCUGGGUGCAGUGCGACUGACUGACAGCUGCAGAAAACACGUUUUUAUGACGUUGAGUGGAGAUAGGUCAUCAUCCAUCACCUCGAACAUGAUGACAGGAGAAACAUUUUUGUGCAACAAUGAGUGCAUGCAUUUCUAAAGAAGCCUUGUGCAAUUGUAUCAUAGCCAAAGUAUGAUUAGAAUUUUUAAGUUUGUAAUACAUGGAUUGAGAGGUCAUUUGUACUUGUACAGUUGUACAAAUCUGCUAUUUUUGAGCAGAAAAGAGCAAAUCAGUUAUUUUGAUAGCCCUUAAGUUAUUGUAUUUUACUUUGAUGGGUAAGUAUCACUUAAAGAAUUAUCGACUUCAAGAGCAAACUGUCCUUAGUAUCAAUGCAUGAACUCUUUUCUUUUGUUUUGUAUUAUUAUUAUUUUUUACAAGAAACUAAAAAAAGCAUGUUAUCAGCUACACUCGUGACUGAUUGUCCUGAGCGCCUUGUUUAAAUCGGUUGGUGUGAGUUCUGAUCAGCUUAGGGUUUCUGUGCUGUGGGAAACAAUUGCCCAGUAAAAGAUGAAGAAAUGAAAGGUAUGUGGGACAUUACUUCCUCUGUAUGCUGGGAACAGCUCAGCAUUUAGUAGUAUUGGUGCCUCUGCCAUGUUUGCUCAGUAAAGAUGUAGCUGAAGCAGAGAGAUAAAUACAACUUUGGAAGAAGAAAAAAAAAGGGCUGUCUAGUUUAUCUUUGGUGUUUAAUGUGCUGUCUUUCAUCAUCAUGUUGCACUAAAAAAGGGAUGUCUCUAAAGUUCCCUUUAUUUUUGAGCUUUUUGUUGCUUUGACUUUUGGCUUUUGAAUAUCAAACAAUAACUUAAAAUUGUAAACUUAAAUCUCAGAAUUAGCCUUUUGAAACAACCAGUCUGCUGUUCAGUAAACGGCCCCUAGAGGCAUUACAACGACUCCUAUGUUCCAUGCUGUACACGGUUUACAGAGAAUCGUGUCAGUGCUUAAUGGUCACUGGUGAGCUGCCCACUUUUUAGUCUUUCUCUGCUUCUUGGAAUGCUAAACAGCAAGUUAAAUGAUAAUUUUUGUUUUUUAUUGUCCCAUCUUCUCUUCACCACCACUUCACCUAAUCAGUACCAGCUUUCAUACCUAGUGAUGAGAUGAAAACUGUCAGAUCAUACAUUUCUAUUUUUUUUUCUCAUGUAUAUCAGGUUAGCAGAAGUUUUAUAGCAGCCAUGGGGCUGUUGACCCCCUGCUGAACUUUGGUCACUAUUCUGCUCUGAAUUAAUUUGAUUCUCUGUUCCAGAGUCGCCCUAUUAAUCCCCCCCCCCCCCCCCCCCCCCCCCCGCUUUUAUGUUUUAUGCGUCAACAAUCGGACCUUGAGCUUGGUUCUAAUUGUGGCGUAAUGCAUAAGAGUUUUUCCACUUUUCCAGAGUAUUUAAAUUCCUGGACAUGGUUUUCAUGAAGCUGUUCAGAGUUGGCCCAAUUGGGGACAGGCAGCACAUUAUGGCGGGAUUCAAAACUCACUAAUUAUGUCUGUUAUUUUAUCCCUGUCUUUCGGAUUUUCAAAUUCCUUUUUUAUUUUUUACAAACAAGACAAAAAGUAGAGUGUAUUUCAUUAGUUAUAUCAAACAUAUGGUCUCAUUCCCUCUGACUCUGUCAAAGGAUUUUUCAAUGUUGAAUGCACCUAAUGCAGACUUAAUAACUCUUUCUUUCAGUUGUAGUUGAGUAAAUAGAUUGAGAAUGAGACAUCUGUCUUGUUCUUUGAUUAUUUUCAGAGUAAACUGUCUCUAACAUUUUAGUCAUCUUUGCUUUCAGCUCUUGCCAGUCUUUAUUGCAAUUUCAUUCAGUUUAAAAGGGAAAAUGUCCUCAUACUUCUUACUGGGGAAAUUUUGACCCAUAUUAUGAAUGUUGCUGCCUGUUGUGUUCUAAAAAUCACACUAUGGAGGGGUCUUAUAAAAUGUCAUAGCAUUUUAAGUCUUCAUAUGUUGUGCCAGGUUUUGCUCACGUUCCUUUUUUUUAUAUGAAAGCUGUCAUGCCAAAGCUGUUUACCCACCCACUAAUUAAUUAAUUUUUAAGGUUAAUGUUAUGCUGAAAUGCUAAUUGCAUGAAAUUGUGAUAUAAAACCUGAAUAUGUCUGGAAAUUAAAGACUAUAUCAAUAAUGUUCCUUAUUUUGGUUUUGUAUUAAAAACUGUCUUGGGCUGGCCCAGGCAAUGUGUUUCAUCUAUAUUAUGUAUCUUUUAUUGUGGAGUUAUAUGGCACCAGCUCACACACAAAUGAAUGAAAUACUCCUAUUUACUUGUGUCUGAGCGCAGUAUAUCUGUUCACCAUUUGUUGUAAAACAGUUAGCAUUGUAUUAUUUGUGGCAUUUUACUGUUGUACAACUCUUGGGACAAAAUGCGUGAGAGCUCUUGUUCAAUAAUCCAAAUGUGUAAAAAGGGAAUUGUUUGUUGGUUACUAAUAAAACUGACAAAUACGCCGAAUGCUUGGUGUGUCACACAAGAAUGAAAGAAUGCUGUCUGACUGAAAAUGCUCAUAAAGAGAAUUGUUCUCUGGG